AUGGUCGAUGAAAUGCUUGAACCAAGGCUCACCAUAAUCACACCAGAUCAUGUAAAAAGAUGGGUUUCUGAUAUUACCCUAUGUUGGAAUAUAUACAUAAAAUUGCAUGUUACUGACCCCAAAAAUCAAUCCAAACUUCACUUAUAUGGGCUUCACGAUAAUGUAACAAGGAUUAUGCAUAGAAAGCCUGCUGCAAUUGUUACUGGAAGAUUCAAGGACAUGAUCAUUCUGAUUCCAGCCAAGUUGAAAAAUAAAGAUGUUAAAUGAUAUCAUAAAGUUGAUGAGUGUUAUUUGGCUGCUACCCUUCUUAGUUUUCUCUAG